AUGGCAGUUACUCUGUGCCAAGUGAUGGGGUUUGUGCUGAGCACCUUGGGGGUUGGCGGGGUGAUUGCGGCCACUGGGCUAGACCAGUGGAGCACCGAAGACCUCUACAGCAACCCGGUGACAGCGGUCUACUCCUACUACGGCCUCUGGAGGUCCUGUGUGAGACAGAGCUCUGGGUUCACCGAGUGCCGGCCAUACUUCACCAUCCUCGGCCUGCCAGGUCUCUUCCAAGCAGUGAGAGCCUUGAUGAUCGUGGGAAUCGUUGUUGGAGCAAUUGGCAUCCUGAUUUCGAUUUUUUCUCUGAAGUGCAUUAAAAUAGGAUCCAUGGAAGAUACAGCCAAGGCUAACAUGACCUUGACAUCUGGGAUCAUGUUUGCUAUCGCAGGUGUCUGUUCUAUUGCUGGAGUUUCUGUUUUCGCCAAUCUGGUAGUGACUACCUUCAUGAUGACCACCUACAGCACUCCAUUUUUGGGAAUGAGUGGACUGGGCUCUGGGGCGUUAGGGGGACCUCUUACUCCCAGGUAUACAUUUGGAGCCGCCCUCUUUGUUGGCUGGGUGGCUGGGGGUGUGUUGAUUGUAGGCGGGGUUAUGAUGUGCCUGGCCUGUAGAGGAUUGAUGCCAGAAAAGACUCGCUUCAAUGCUGUAAGCUAUAGAGCGCCCUCCCACAACACCAACUACAGGUCUGAGGACAGGAACAGGCCAGCCUAUGACGGGUCUUUCAAGGAGGAUGGCAGGAGAUCCAACCAAAGAUUUGACUAUGUAUAAACCCGGUCAAUUUCAAUUUUAACAUUAAAAUAGCAUUUGGCAGUAGCACUGGUAAUUCAAGUAAUGGUACUAAUGUGCACC